UGUUCACGGACCGACAAGUGCAGCUACUUCCGCCUUUAGCCGCAGCUCAUCACACAGAGACAUGACGGCUACCUUGCGCCCGUAUCUCAAUGCAGUUCGUGCUACCCUGCAGGCUGCCCUCUGCCUGGAGAAUUUCUCCUCGCAAGUGGUGGAGAGACACAACAAGCCAGAGGUGGAAGUGCGAAGUAGUAAAGAGCUGCUCCUCCAGCCUGUGAUCAUCAGCCGUAACGAAAAGGAGAAAGUUCUGAUUGAGGGCUCCGUCAACUCUGUCAGAGUCAGCAUUGCUGUCAAGCAGGCAGAUGAGAUUGAGAAGAUUCUGUGCCAUAAAUUCAUGCGCUUCAUGAUGAUGAGAGCGGAGAACUUCUUCAUCCUGAGGAGGAAACCAGUGGAGGGCUAUGACAUCAGUUUUCUCAUCACCAACUUUCACACAGAGCAGAUGUACAAACACAAACUGGUGGACUUUGUCAUUCAUUUCAUGGAGGAAAUUGACAAGGAGAUCAGUGAAAUGAAGCUGUCCGUCAACGCCAGGGCUCGUAUUGUCGCAGAGGAGUUCCUCAAAAAUUUCUGAAAGAGAGAGAAAACUGGGGAAAACAUUCCUUUUGCAAUCUUGGCUGUCACUGUGGAGCAUCGCAGAUCAGAGAGGAGGAAAUCUUAUCAGCCAUGAGAAGUUAAGAAACAUAAGACUCUGUUAAAGAUGUACAGGCAAAUGGGGUUUUGCCCUUUAACCUUAAUAUGCCCUUUUGCUCAAAAAUAUUGAUUCUUGUACAUAAUGAAUAUUCCCACCAGAUUUAAUUUCUGCCUUUUAGAACAAAAGAAGUCAGGGCAGGUCCUUAAAAAGCUAUUUGUAAUCAAUAUUCUUGAGCACAGGGUAAUAUGGAUUUAAAUUUACAUGUUUGUUUUUUUAAAUAUAUAUUAUAUACACAUAAAUUUAAUUAGCUGUGUUUUUUUAUGACAGACCUUAAACCACAAGGGCAAUCAAUUGGUGCACGUUUCUUGUAUUAGUACACAAGAUGAACCAUAUUGUAGAUGGAAAUAAUUAAAUAAAUAUACUUGCUGAAAGUGAAGAUAAAUAAAAAGCAAUAUUCUUUGUA